AUGGCUACUGAUUCAGGAGAGCCAGCUAGCACAGAAGAUUCUGAGAAACCUGAUGGAGUUUCAUUGGAAGACAGAGCUCCUCAGCUUGCAGCAACUUUGACAGUGGAAGCUAGACUAAAAGAAAAAAAUAGUACCUUCUCUGCUUCUGGGGAAACUACAGAAAGGAAGAGAUUCUUCCGAAAGAGUGUUGAGAUGAUGGAAGAUGAUAAAGUUGCUGCAUCUUCCUCCAAAGAUGAGAGAAUGAAGACCACAACCAAUAUUCCAAGAGUAGAAAAACUUCCUACAAAUGUGCUAGGAGGUGGACAAGAAGUUAAAUAUGAACAGUGUUCAAAGGCAACUUCAGAGUCCUCAAAAGAUUGUCUCAAGGAGAAAAGUGAAAAGGAAAUGGAAGAAGAAGCAGAAAUGAAGGCUGUAGCUACUUCUCCUAGUGGGAGGUUCCUGAAAUUCGACAUUGAGCUGGGAAGAGGAGCAUUUAAAACAGUAUAUAAAGGAUUGGACACUGAAACAUGGGUUGAGGUUGCUUGGUGCGAGCUGCAGGAUCGGAAAUUAACCAAAGCUGAGCAGCAAAGGUUCAAGGAAGAAGCAGAAAUGUUAAAGGGUCUCCAACAUCCCAAUAUAGUUCGAUUUUAUGAUUCCUGGGAAUCUAUAUUAAAAGGAAAGAAAUGUAUUGUAUUGGUGACUGAACUUAUGACAUCAGGAACUUUAAAGACGUACUUAAAACGAUUUAAAGUCAUGAAACCAAAGGUCUUAAGGAGCUGGUGCAGGCAAAUUUUAAAGGGGUUGCAGUUCUUGCACACUAGGACUCCUCCCAUUAUUCACCGGGAUCUGAAGUGUGACAAUAUUUUCAUCACGGGACCCACUGGAUCUGUGAAGAUUGGUGAUCUAGGCCUGGCCACCUUAAUGCGAACAUCAUUUGCUAAGAGUGUCAUAGGGACUCCUGAGUUUAUGGCCCCAGAGAUGUAUGAAGAGCACUACGAUGAAUCUGUAGAUGUCUAUGCUUUUGGAAUGUGUAUGCUGGAAAUGGCUACUUCAGAGUACCCUUAUUCUGAGUGCCAGAAUGCAGCUCAAAUAUACCGUAAAGUAACUAGUGGCAUAAAACCAGCCAGUUUCAAUAAAGUCACUGAUCCUGAAGUGAAAGAAAUCAUUGAAGGAUGUAUUCGCCAAAACAAAUCAGAAAGGUUGUCUGUCAGGGACCUACUAAACCACGCAUUUUUUGCUGAGGAUACAGGACUGAGGGUGGAAUUAGCAGAGGAAGAUGACUGCUCAAAUUCAUCCUUGGCCUUAAGACUCUGGGUUGAAGACCCUAAAAAAUUGAAAGGCAAGCACAAAGACAAUGAAGCUAUUGAAUUCAGUUUCAAUUUAGAAACAGAUACCUCUGAGGAAGUAGCGUAUGAAAUGGUCAAGUCAGGAUUCUUCCACGAAAGUGAUUCCAAGGCUGUUGCUAAGUCCAUUAGAGACCGGGUCACCCUGAUAAAGAAGAUGAGGGAGAAGAAGCCAGCUGGCUGUUUGGAAGAACGCAGGGAUUCCCAGUGCAAGUCUGCAGGGAAUGUACUCCCUCAGCCCCAGAAUACAACUUUGCCCCCUGCUCCUGCUCAGCACACUGGGGCUGAAUGUGAAGAAACUGAAGUUGAUCAACAUGUUCGACAACAGCUUCUACAGAGAAAACCCCAGCAGCAUUGCUCCUCUGUUGCAGGUGACAAUUUGUCUGAGGCAGGAGUUGGAUCUGUUGUACACUCAGAUACUUCAAGUCAGCCCAGUGUAGCCUAUUCCUCAGACCAGAUGAUGGUUUCCAACAUCCCACAGGCUGAAAUUAAUGUUCCAGGGAUGAUUUUUCCAUCCCAGCAGCUAGUAGGACAUUACCAGCAGAUUUCAGGGUUGCAACAGCAGCCAAAGCUGACUCAGCCCCACAUUUUGCCUUUGGUUCAAGGUCAGUCCACUGUUUUGCCUGUGCAUGUCCUUGGACCUCCGGUUGUCUCACAACCCCAGGUUUCCCCAUUAACUGUCCAGAAAGUCUCACAGAUAAAGCCUGUAUCCCAGGCAGUUGGAAUUGAACAAGCAACUCUUCUAAAACCAGAUUUAGUUAGAAGUUUGAACCCUGAUGUGGCAGCUGUGAAAGAAAACAUCAAUACCCCUGAUAACCCAUGUGGAAAUGGCAAACAAGAUCGGAUCAAACAAAGAAGAGCUUCCUGUCCUCGACCAGAAAAGGGGACUAAGUUCCAACUUACUGUCCUUCAGGUAUCAAUAUCUGGAGACAAUAUGGUGGAGUGUCAACUGGAGACACACAACAACAAGAUGGUCACCUUCAAAUUUGAUGUUGAUGGUGAUGCACCAGAGGAUAUUGCAGACUAUAUGGUUGAAGAUAACUUUGUGCUAGAAAGUGAGAAAGAAAAAUUUGUAGAAGAAUUGAGGGCUAUUGUAGGUCAAGCCCAGGAGAUCCUUCAUGUCCACUCUGCUGCAGAUAGAGCCAUCGGAAUUGACUCUAUUAUUGUGGAAUCCAACAAUAGCCAAACAGGAUCAUCUGAACAAGUACAGAUAAAUUCUGCAUCCACUCAAACCAGCAAUGAAUCUGCUCCACAGUCAUCCCCAGUUGGUCGGUGGCGAUUCUGUAUCAAUCAAACAAUAAGAAACCGUGAGGCUCAAUCGCCUCCUACUCUUCAGCAGUCUAUAUCUACAGUUCCUGGACUGUCUCUGCUUCCUGGUCCAAGAACCACAAGUAAUAAGGAAAUAUCACAGGACACAGUGCCCACUCUAGAAAGUAAUCCAUGCCAGCGUGUACUUUUUGCCUCCAAAUCAGAACUCAAGGAUGUAGUUGAUGGUAAGAUUUCUGAAUAUGCCAGUGUAGAAACUAAGCAGCCAGCUAUAUUGUAUCGAGUGGAAGAUGACAGGCAGAUAAUGGCACGAGUUACUAGUAGUUCAAGUUAUACUGCUACUUCAGUUCGUGCAGUUCCAGUUGAAUGUGAGGGACUCACCAACCGAGCAGGCAUAUUUCUGCCUGUAUAUCCAUGUCACCAAGCUGCCAGUCAGGCUGAUGUACCUAUGGUCCCUCCUGGCGAGUCAACUCAGAUUGCUGGUAACUCUGUUACAACUCUGGCAUUUAUAUCUGAUCAAAAGCCUCAAUCCUUAGCAGUGCAGCAGCCAACUAUGGAUACAGAGUUUAUUUCCCAAGAAGGAGAAACCACAAUGAACACUGAAGCAAGUUCUCCUAAGAUGGUCAUUCCCACUCAGACCCCUGGCCUUGAACUGACUACCCUUCUACCCACUACUAUCCUGGAAUCAGAUGGGGAAAGACCUCCAAAAAUGGAGUUUGCAGACAACCGAAUUAAAACUCUGGAUGAAAAAUUAAGAAACUUGCUCUAUCAGGAGCAUAGCAUAUCUAGCAUCUAUCCUGAGAGUCAGAAGGAUACCCAAAGCAUAGACUCUCCAUUUUCUUCCUCUGCUGAAGAUACGCUUUCAUGCCCAGUGCCAGAAGUCAUAGGCAUCAGUCACAGUGGAAUUCAAGAUAGUCCUGCACAGUCCCCUAAUUUUCAGCAGACAGGCUCUAAGAUUCUGUCCAAUGUGGCUGCAAGUCAGCCUGCUAACAUAUCAGUAUUCAAAAGGGACCUGAAUGUGAUAACUUCUAUACCCAGCGAAUUAUGUUUACAUGCGAUGUCCCCAGAUGCUUCACUGCCAGGGGAUCCAGAGGCCUAUCCUGCUGCUGUGUCAAGCGGUGGAGCCAUUCAUCUGCAGACAGGAGUGGAAACAGAAGAUAUGAGAUCAGCAGUUGCUCCUGAUCCCAUUCCCCUGACGGGAGAGUCCAUGGCUGAUACUAGGGCUUUGAGUAGAUGUAAAGCAAUGAGUGGAUCAUUUCAGCGGGGUCGGUUCCAGGUGAUUACAGUUCCUCAGCAGCAGUCAGUGAAAGUAACAUCUUUUGGAAUAGAACACACACCAGCAUUCAAAAAAAUGACAACCCAUUCUAGUGAAGAAGCUCUAGUCUUUACAGACAGAGCAAAGCCUCAAUUAGUGGAAAUGGAACAUGCCAUGCACAAUCCACAAACUUCACUUUCUUCUCAGAAGUUACAAGCUCUUCAUGAGACCUUCAAAGAAGGGAAAAGAAUUCCCAAACAAGGAGACAACUUCUCAUCUUUCAGCACAGCUUGUGAGACUGAUGUAUCUUCAAUGACCCCAGAAAAAGAAUUGGAAGAGAACUCAGCCAUGGGAAGUAGUAUCCAUUCUGGACUUGAACUGUUGCUUAAGGAGAGAGAGAUACUUACUGCUGGUAAACAGCCUAGCUCUGAUAGUGAAUUUUCAGCCACUCUUGCUGGCAGAGGGAAGUCAGUGGCAAAGACUGGUCCAGAGAGUGAUCAGUGCUUACCCCUCCGUGAAGAAAAAGCCUAUAACCAAACACAGAGCUCACUCUUCUAUUCACCAUCUUCUCCAAUGAGCAGUGAUGAUGAGUCAGAAAUAGAGGAUGAGGAUUUGAAGGUGGAGCUUCAGAGAUUACGAGAAAAACACAUUCAGGAGGUGGUAAAUCUUCAAACCCAGCAGAAUAAGGAGCUGCAGGAGCUCUAUGAACGCCUUCGGGCAUUUAAAGAUAGCAAAAUCCAAUCAUCAGAGGUUCCUGGGCCACCUUCAUCACCGCGGAGACCAAGAUCUUUCAAAAGCAAACUUCGUAGCCGCCCACAGUCCUUGACACAUGUGGAUAGUGGCACAGCUGCUACAGAUCCAUUGUGUGUGGAAAGUAAUGUAGCAUCAUGCCAGCAAUCUCCAGCUAGUAAAAAAGGGAUGUUCACAGACGACUUACAUAAACUGGUGGAUGACUGGACAAAGGAAACAGUAGGAAAUUCUCUUAUUAAGCCAAGUUUAAACCAACUCAAACAGAGUCAACACAAACUAGAGUCAGACAACUGGAACAAAGUAUACGAGAAUACUCCAUCUACUAUGGGCUACACACCAACAUGGAUUUCUUCUCUGUCCCAAAUCCGUGGAGCUGUCCCAACCUCCUUGCCACAAGGACUCCCACUCCCUUCAUUUCCUGGGCCAUUACCAUCAUAUGGAAUGCCCCAUGUUUGUCAAUAUAAUGCUGUGGGGGGGCCAGGGUACCCAGUACAGUGGGUAGGAAUUUCAGGAACACCGCAACAGUCUGUAGUAAUUCCUACUCAAUCUGGGGGACCAUUCCAGCCGGGAAUGAAUUUACAGGCGUUUCCAGCUUCAUCAGUGCAGAAUCCAUCCGCGAUCCCUCCUGGUCCCAAAUGAAUCAGAGUAGAGAUGAAGAAAAGGGAGAUUUUUUUUUCAGAAUUAUUUUCAGGACACCUAAGAUACUAAAUGUUCUUCUUCGUUCUGCCAUAUUUCCCCUCAUUUGAGUUUACUUUCCACUGAAUUUUUGUUGUUGUUCCAUUAUGGUAUUUUAUAUAGCUCAUCAUUCUGUAGAACUGUGCAGUUUGUACAUAGAGCACUGCACACAGAAAUGAUUUUUCACUUCAGAUCCUAUCCUCUUUGAUACUUGAUUUUUUAAAAAUACCGUUCAGAAUGCUUUAAUAAGCUCAGCUUGAGCAUUACCAUUUCCAGGACACUUUCCAUGAAUUGCUGAGAAGCCCCCAUUUUUUACUGCUGCUAUCUGCAGCUGGAUGAUACUUUAAAAUGUAUAAAAACUAUUUAAAUUGAUAUUCCCCAAACGUGGAUGAAGUGAGACCCUCCAACAGCCGGAGUUUUAUGGGAUUCUUCACAUGUUUAUCUUAGGUUUACCUUUCCCAGAAGGCAGGGUAACUUGCUGCAGGAAACGUUUUGGUAUAUGAAAUUAGAAUAACUUUGUCAACCAAUAUAGACCAUGAGCCCUUUUUAAUGUGAUUUUCUUCCCGUCGUCACAGCAGGAGGAGUGAAGCCUUGUUUUAGGUGAGGCGGAGAGAAAGGAAAAAACAGAACUGUAACAGUUCCUUGAUUCUGCAGAUACUGUAGCUGCUUUAGGAUUUCAAUAGUAAUUCAAAGCAGCUAUCUCCUUGUUUCUCAUGUGCACACUACAUUGUUUUUGAGCAUCUGAGAG